AUGGCACAGCUUGAAUGGUACAAAUCUACUUGUAAGGCCCCUGGCUAUUAUGAUACCUUCAAACCGCAAAUUGAUAGGAAGCAUAUUAGAGCAGAUGAGUGUAGAAUGAAAUUGGCAUCAUUUUGGGAUGGCAUAGUUGGGCUGGUGGAGAUGCACCAGUUGCCCAGCGACUUCCAAACCCAAAACAAAUGGAUUAAUGCUGGCAAUGCAUAUAUGAAACUUGUGGAGCCUCUGGACAUUGCAAGCUACUAUCAAAAUGAUAGCAGACAUGGCAAUAGUGGAAAUUAUCUAUCAGCAGGCAUUAGGCCCCACCGCCAUGAGGUACUUCAGAAAAGGCUGGAUGAUAAAAACCGAACUCGCACAGGUAGAGAUAGGAGGCCCCGCACAAAGUUUGCAUCCUGGACUGAAGACUCUUGCUUUUGGGCUCAUGUGGAAGAAGCCCUGAAAAUUCUUCAACAUCAAGCCAUGAAUGCUCCACAGAUAGAAGGCCUUGAAAAUUUUGAAUGUUAUAUGGGGAAUAUGAACAAGAAUCGCAGUAUCUCUGAUGAGGUUUUCUUGGAGGGAAGUAGCGUCAUGACAUGGUGGCAACGAUACAGAGAUCUUCGACAUCAAUCCCAGCAGUGGCAAUCAAGCUCUCCUUUGUUUAACUUCAUGAACAACCAGGGUUGGAAUGUCAGGGGAAAUUAG